GACAGGUGUUUUUGCCAAGUGUGUGCCCUGGCCAGAGUCCCAAGCCAAAGGCCCAGGCCCAGGCCUGUGGGCAGCCAAGAUGGCGGACCUGGAGGCCGUGUUGGCGGACGUCAGCUACCUCAUGGCCAUGGAGAAGAGCAAGAGUUCACCUGCCGCUCGAGCCAGCAAGAAGAUCACCCUCCCGGAGCCCAGUAUCCGCAGCGUCAUGCAGAAGUAUUUGGAGGAGAGAGGUGAAUUAACCUUUGACAAGAUUUUUAGUCAGAAGAUUGGGUUUCUGCUCUUCAAAGAGUUAUGCCAGAUGAACAUGGAGGAAGGGGUUCCUCAGCUGAAGUUCUAUGAAGAGAUUAAAGAAUAUGAAAAACUGGACUCGGAGGAGGAUCGUCUCAGCAGGAGCCGGCAGAUCUAUGACACCUACAUAAUGAAAGAGCUGCUCUCCUGCUCACACCCUUUUUCGAAGCCAACAGUUGAUCACGUGCAAACUCAUCUUGCCAAGAAGCAGGUCCCACCAACCCUUUUUCAGCCCUACAUAGAAGAAAUUUGUGACAGCCUCAGAGGAAAAACCUUCCAGAUGUUUCUAGAAAGUGAUAAGUUUACUAGAUUUUGUCAGUGGAAAAAUGUAGAGCUAAACAUUCAUCUGACCAUGAAUGACUUCAGUGUCCACCGGAUUAUCGGGCGAGGGGGCUUCGGAGAAGUUUAUGGCUGCCGGAAAGCGGACACAGGGAAGAUGUAUGCAAUGAAAUGCUUGGAUAAGAAGAGGAUCAAGAUGAAGCAAGGGGAGACUCUAGCCUUGAAUGAAAGGAUCAUGCUGUCCCUUGUCAGUACAGGUGACUGCCCUUUCAUUGUGUGCAUGACGUACGCCUUCCACACCCCUGACAAGCUGUGCUUCAUUCUGGACCUGAUGAACGGUGGAGAUCUUCACUACCACCUCUCACAGCAUGGAGUGUUUUCGGAGAAGGAGAUGCGCUUUUACGCCACUGAGAUCAUCCUUGGGCUUGAGCACAUGCACAAUCGCUUUGUGGUUUAUAGAGACUUGAAGCCAGCAAAUAUCCUCUUGGAUGAACACGGCCACGUGAGGAUUUCUGACCUGGGCCUGGCUUGCGAUUUCUCCAAAAAGAAGCCUCAUGCCAGUGUCGGCACCCAUGGCUACAUGGCUCCCGAGGUGCUCCAGAAAGGGACGGCCUAUGACAGCAGCGCAGACUGGUUCUCCUUGGGCUGCAUGCUCUUCAAGCUUCUCCGAGGGCACAGCCCUUUCAGGCAGCACAAGACCAAAGACAAGCAUGAGAUUGACCGCAUGACACUCACCGUGAAUGUGGAAUUACCAGAAUCCUUUUCCCCUGAACUCAAGUCUCUUUUGGAAGGUCUUCUCCAGCGAGACAUGAGCAAGAGGCUUGGCUGCCAGGGUAGUGGGGCGCAGGAAGUGAAGGAGCACCCUUUCUUCAAAGGCAUUGACUGGCAGUAUGUCUACUUGCAAAAGUACACGCCGCCUCUGAUUCCUCCGCGGGGAGAAGUGAAUGCGGCGGAUGCUUUUGACAUUGGCUCCUUUGAUGAGGAAGACACAAAGGGCAUCAAGUUGCUUGAUAGUGACCAAGAACUGUACAAGAACUUUCCCCUGGUCAUCUCAGAGCGCUGGCAACAAGAAGUGGCAGAAACAGUUUAUGAUGCAGUGAACAGUGACACGGACAAGAUUGAAGCCAGGAAGCGAGCGAAGAACAAGCAACUGGGGCACGAGGAAGACUAUGCUCUGGGGAAGGACUGCAUCAUCCACGGGUACAUGCUGAAGCUGGGGAACCCCUUCCUGACUCAGUGGCAGAGGCGCUAUUUUUACCUCUUUCCAAACCGGCUUGAAUGGCGCGGAGAAGGAGAGUCACGUGACACCUGGCGCACUUACACAAAAAGACGCAAGCGGCAAAAUUUGCUGACUAUGGAACAAAUUUUGUCGGUGGAAGAAACUCAGAUCAAGGACAAAAAAUGCAUCUUGCUCAGAAUUAAAGGGGGGAAGCAGUUUGUCCUGCAGUGUGAGAGUGACCCGGAGUUUGUGCAAUGGAAGAAGGAACUGACUGAAACGUUCACAGAAGCACAGCGGCUCUUACGGCGGGCACCCAAGUUCCUGAAUAAACCCCGCUCUGCAGUUGUGGAGCUCUCCAAGCCCCCACUCAGCCACAGGAACAGCAACGGCCUUUAGGACCCAAGCAAGGAAAGGCUGUGCCGUUGCAGGGGAUGUCUUUCUGUCUGUCGCUGCAUCACUGUUAGUUCCUUGCCCACUCUCCGGAGUGGGUGGAGGGCUCAAGGGCAAGCGCUGAGCUCAGAGAAUAGUGGCACGGAUAGUGGCCAAGGCCUUGGAGAAGGCUGAUGCAGCAACCAGGGGGUGGGGUGGGGAGUUGUCCACAAAGGAGCAGACAAAAGUAGUGUCUUGCACUCCCAGGCAGUGUUACCCAACAGGGCUGCCCCCCAAAAUGUUGCUUAUUUGCAAUAAACUUCUUCAGGUGCAUACUAUAGACUUGCAAUCUGAAAGGGCAACUACCUGAUUUUCAUGACUGCAUUUUUAUGCCACGGGGCUGGGUGUUGGACCUGUGGAAAGAGUUGCCACCUUCCAGGGUGGGCAGACUCCUCCCAUGCUGUCACCAGUGACUUCCAUAUCCACAUUCUGUUCUGCUGGCCACCAACAGCUUGUCUCCUUUUUCCUGCCCUUGGAAUGGACUGGACUCUGUGUCCUGUGGUUUUAAAUGUUGCUGCUGCUUCUUCUAGGGGAACAAACACUUCAUGCUGGACUGUACUUGACAGCAGAUGAUGAUGAGCUGAUGGGCGGAAACCGUUUGUGUGUGUGCAUGUGUGCUAGUGUUGUUCAGUUGUGUAAGUGUUUCUCUCUGUGUGCUUUUCCUGGGUUUUUUCUUUUACUUUUUUUCACUGCUGGUCUGUUAGGCAGGUUUACGGGGAAUGCAAAAUCAGCUUCUCUCCAUUCCUGGCCAAUGACACUUUCUUUUAAAAAUGUUUAAAACAAAUCCAAUUUUAAGAUCUUAUUGGAUUGGGUUGCAGAUGGAUGUCGAUUUUUUGCUGUCCCGAAAUGUGGCCCUGACAAUUUUGUCUUGCAAGAGAUGCUGUCAGCCUCAGACAACUGCAGAGGGAAGCAGUAGGAAGGAAGAGAGUGAAGCCUGGCUACUGGUCAUGCAGAAAUGACUGGGGAAAAAGACCCUUGGCUAAUCACCACAUUUUCAAAUAGUUUAUCACUUUUGCAGAAUAAUAUUGGAAGUCCCUUUCGCUGGGCUGGAUAUUGAAGGGAGGACAUUCUGUAGCAUAUGAUUCUGUAUUGAUGCUCUCAUCCCCAUGGCUUCACCAUUAUUUAUUGUGUGCGUGUUGCUUCCAUUACAAGUCAAGAGCUUAGUUCAUCUUGUCUGGUUGGUUGUGGACAACUUCUGCAGCCCAGAGAAUUGUGUUCUCCAAGAUAAGCAAGCAAGAUAAGUCCCCCAGUCCUAGAAUUUGUCAUAGAACAUCCCUCUCUGUCCUCUUGCUCUUGGAAGCUUGUGUACAAUGUACAUGUUAAGGAGUUGGAAUGGAGCAGCUUUGAGUGGGCUCCCCAUUCGUCUGUGAUAACCAUCUAGACACUUUCUCCUUGUAUGAAUGGAAUGCACUCCCCCUUUUGUUUGACAAAUUGCACUUAAAAUGAUCUUCAUGAAGGUGUCUGCAUUUUAAUACAUUCCAGGUUACACUAAUGCAUGUGCAACCGAUUCACAGGCCAACUCCUGGCUUUUUUUUCUUGUGGAAAUGGCACCCUGAGGUUCCAUGAUUGCAUUUUAGGGUUGCUAAAAUGCACCUGUGGGUGCAUUCUUUGCACCAAAAUUCUUUUAAGUUGUAUUCUCUUAAGUUGUGUCCUGAAAUUCUGCUCAGAUCCUUUGUUUCUCAGACCAUACCUGCAGAGUCCCUGCUAAGAGAAACCGCUGCCUUGGGGUGGUGCAUCCUUGGAGCAUGCACAGAAAGCCCCUUGGCCCUCCUGUCUGGAAGAGGCUGCAUGGGGCCUCCUUGAGGUCCUCUAGUCUGGCUGGCUCUGCACAUUCCACUUGGACUUCCCUUAUUUCUCCACUUUUUUCUUACCUUUGUUAGUUCAGUUAGUGCCUUCAGUUAGUUCUGCGCCUUCUUAGCAUGGCACCCACAGCCUUGUGUUGGCGCUACGUUUCAGGAACAGGGUGCUGCUUUCUUUUUUGGAUCAGCUCUUAUGAAGGGGAUGUGAAUUUUAAAAACAUCAUUGCUGUGCUGUGUUUUCUAAGUUGUGUCCUGAUCCUUCGUUUCUUAGACCUGCAGAGUCCUGAUGACCUCAUUUUUGUAAACAUGUAAACAUUGAGUAAGCUGUUCUUUAAAAUAGAUAGGUUUAGAUUUUUGUUUUUCCAGAGGCAGCUAAAAUGCUCUGUAAUGUAAUAAUAAUUCCUAUUUUCAUUUUAGCAAAUUCCCAAUAGCAGUAAAAAAAAAGAAUAUGACUUCAUUUGAUUUCAGGUCUGCUGUGCUCUAGAAUAUUCUCAAUUUUUUAUGGAAUGUUUGUGUUUUAAUCUGUUAUCAGUGUCUUAGAUCAACUGCUGUGUGUUAAUAAGAGACACAUUUGUUGUAUUUAAGUCCUGUUGAAACACAGAUGAGCCAUGAUUUCAUAUUUCAAAGGGACUCAAAUGGGGGGAAGUAUAUGAAUAACAGGAAGGAAAAUGACUGAAAUGUUUUAGCAAAAUAUCAAGCUUGGAAACAGUAGUGAAAUAUAUAUAAUGUGUGGGCUUCUGAAAAUUGAGACUUAUAAAAACUUAAAUACAUUUUUAGUGGUGAUGCUGAUUUAGAUUGCACAUUGUUUAAUUUCUCCUUAAGCUAAAUUCAGUUUUGGAGACCACACCCCAGGAGGGAAUUUAAAGCAUACAUGUAAGAGUGACAUGUAUGGCGAUUAAAUUGUAGGCUUUUCUGUUCAGCCCAUUGUUCCCUUUUGGACUUCCUAUGCUCUUCAAGGCUUGGCAGUUAAUUCAGCAGAGAUGUGGGGGAGGCGAGGAGGAGAGCCUGCAAUGGAAUCAACACAGCUAAGUGAUUGCAUCUUUAUAUAGGAUAAUUAACCUGCAAUAAAGUCAGGAACUUGAAACCAUUAUAAGGAAAUUGGGCAAGUAAUUUCCUUCAUAGUUUUUGCAAGCACAAAAACACAGGCUAAGAAUCGCAAGAACCUCAGAAGAUGUUGAAAUAAUAAUAGUCUGAUAUAUUUUUAUCUAGUGUUCUGGCCAGCUUGAGUGUCAUCACCACGACAAUUGCUGAGCUGUGACUGUGUGCAGAGGAGGGGAUGCCGUUGGGGCAAUGCUAUGGAGGCAGGGAGGCAGAAUAGGGACAGCUCACAUAGUCCUCCCUAAAGUGUGCACCAUGUUGAUCUGUUGUGUGAAAAACUCUUUGUUUCCCAAUAAUCCCUGUGCAUGCACUGAACUGCAGUUUGAAUCCUCUGUCUCCAACCCACCCAUCACCUAUCUCUUUCUCAGGUUGUUGAGACAGAGACGCAAAUAUCUUGGGAGCUUUUUAAAAGGAUGUGAUAGGCACAUUUAAGGGAAGGUAGAAGCCUAUGAUCUGACCCUGCUUAUUUUCUUUUUUCGUAUCUUAUUUUCUUAUUAUUUGAAAGUUUGUGUGCAUGUGCAAAGCUGCUAUAAAUCUUAAGCGGUUGCAAAAGCACUGUCCUGACCAUGUACCAAGUGGAUGUAAAAAGGAAUCCUGCAUCUUGUAGUUUUGACAGGGACGCAGCACACUGAGUUUGCCCCAGAUGUGAGUUUUGGAAAUCACAGUGUUACAUUUAAAAUUUACAUUUCAAAUCACAGUGUUACAUCUGUGAAAUUUGUCCUGUUUGCACCUGGUGCUAGAAAGAGCAAGAUCAAUGGCUCAAGUCACAUCCUGCAAAGAACAGCACUUGAAUUAGAAUCUGGGCCAUUGGUUGCCUCAUGAAAGGUUUUUAAGGGGUGGGAGACUGGUGUGUUCUGCUCUCUCGACUGGCCCCUAGUGAUGUGUUUAGAAUCCGUGAGUGUACACAGUUGCAAUUUAUCCCCCCCCCCCAGCAACGCAAUCUUGUUGGAGCCAUUUUUGAAGGUAUCUACCAUCUUGGAGCUAUGGUGUAUUCAUACUCUUAAAUAAAAACAUGGGAAGACUAGUCUUAUUUUGAACUGUGCUGUAGACACUUAAGGACUUAUCGAGUUGUUUUUAAGCAGCAAAGGACCAAUAUCAAUAAUAUAUCAAUAAAUAGAUUGAUAAUGUAUGUAUAUCCAAAACAUCAUCUGCGAUUCAUAAUGGUUUCACUUUUUGUGUUGCCUGCUGAUACAAUAUUCCAUGAUGUAAAUAUCAUAUGGGCUAAGCACUUCAGAGAAUGUAAUACAUUUGUUAAAUCAAUUUUUAAUAUUUUUGUGUUAAACCGUAUUUUGUUACUGUACCAGGUUACUUUUAUCUAGAGGUAUUUUUUUUAAAAAAACACCUCAAUAAUUCUGUUUUAUCUGAGAGGCAUUUUUUUGUUAUUUAUUAAGUCUGCACAUUUCUUUCAAAUUAUUUAAUUCCCUGUACAAUUUCUUCUCCUUUUUGCCUGUGUGUUAUUUAAGUGACAGUUACUUGAGUUGCAUUAUUACAGUUUUCACAAAUUAAUUCUAGUAAUAAUAAGUUUGUCAUUUUAUCUCUAAUAAAAGAAACAGAAAAAAACAGAGUUGUUUCAUUUUGUUUUUCAUGCCUCCACUGGCCUUUUCCAUGGGAGCUACUCCAUAAAGACCCAA